UUAAGAAGUCUUUGACCCCCACUGAAAAGAUGCAGAACUCGUGUCCCGCUUGAGUUCCCCAGACGGCGGCAAACUAAGCAGUCUGUUGCGAGGGAACAGUUGACACUCCCAACAAGACACUCACAGUGACAACCCACACUUUUCUUCACCUCGAAGACCCAUAGCAAAAAAGGACCAAACAUGUCUGACAGGAAGGCCGUGAUCAAGAAUGCGGACAUGUCCGAGGAGAUGCAGCAGGAUGCUGUGGACUGUGCCACCCAGGCCCUGGAGAAGUACAACAUCGAGAAGGACAUCGCCGCCUUCAUCAAGAAGGAGUUCGACAAGAAGUACAACCCCACCUGGCAUUGCAUCGUCGGGCGCAACUUCGGCAGCUACGUCACACACGAGACCAAGCACUUCAUCUAUUUCUACCUAGGCCAAGUGGCCGUCCUGCUCUUCAAGUCUGGAUAGAGAGCUGCUGAGGGUACCGCAGGGUGUGAGGGGUGGUGGUUCUACUUCUACACAGUGGAGAAUCAAGAUGAGGACUGGGCUGAUCAGCUGUGCUGGCACUAGCUUACAACAAUCAAUCCUGUAGCCAGAACUCUGCAUGAAAGCCCCCAAAACUAAUCAGACUAUCCUCAACUAUCAUUAGCCUUCUUUGAACAAAUUUACCUACCAGAUCUUUCCAGCCACGUUAGACAGGAUCACACAUGAGAAGGAUCACAUCUUGCGGAGAAGAAGCAAAUAUAUUUAUUUUCUGUUCUUAUUCUUGUAUUUUCCACUAAAACUCUUGUUAUAUUCCUUGGCUAUAUGUAUUGGUACAAGAUGCGCUAGAUUUGUCACUAUGUAAACUUGAAAAUACAAAAUAUAUGUAUAUCAAGAAA